CGAAAACAUCAUCUAAACUUUGGUACAGAACUUUAAAAUUAUUUAUUUUAAAACAAGCUUGGAAUAAUAGUAUGAUAUCUUACUUUAAACAUGUUGAUUUUUAAAGGGACAGACACGAGUCUAAGUAAACUUGCUUCAACAUUUUUGUGUGAUCGUACACCAGUUCUUGGAUGAUUUACUCAAAUCAUAACAUAAAAACCCGUGGUUCCCGCGACCGCCAUCAUCGUUGCCACGCCUAGUAAACAAAGGAGAGUGAAUCCAGCACAGAACGUUCCAUCCAGACGUCAAAGACGUCAUUUCGCGAAUCGUAUGAAGUGACCAAAGGUAAACGUUCACCUUGACCAAUUACAACACGGCCACAGUUAUGGCAGUAUUGCUUUUUUACGCCUUUCGCAUGCAAACAUCAAGGUAUAUUCCACAGUGACUACGCAGAUGAACUUACAGUACAAUUUGUGCCCGGAAAGCUUUUCCACACGUGGGGCACACGUUGUUUGUUGUUGUUGGAAAAGGGUGGGGGGGGUGGGUUGGUAUUAGUUGGAGCGGAGUCAAUUACAUUGUUUCUUCUCAUGCGUUUAUUUUUUUCGAGUUAAGCGGCGUGUUUCUUCUGCUAGGAUUGUGCGACAAUAGUCAGUCAUCAUAUUCAAUUCAUAGGAAAAUGCCUCCUGGGAAGACGGGUCAAAUUACAUGGUUUUGAUUGAAUCUUUUUGGACAGCGGUUCAAACAGGAGAGUUCACAGAACGAUGCUACAAGAUGCUGUCUGGUAUUCUCUGCCUAUCUGACUUGUGUUUUGGUUGGAGCGUGUGGAUGCUGAUUUGGGCCUUUGUAUCCGGGCCUUAGUCCCCUGCCACAUUAUUUUUAAGUUUACCGUAAAUGGCAUAUGAGGAGAUGGCUAUCUGUCUUGCGCGUCUGCUGCACACUGCCCACGACUUGUUUACACCUAACUACGGAGUACUGUGACCUAAAUGCAUCUAUUUGCGUAAUUAAAGAACUCGAUAGUUUUCUAACAAGCAGUGUGAAGAUAAGUUUACACGAACAGACAAACUGGUGCAGAUCCGGCUAAAAAAAAUAAAUAUAUUAAAAAUCUUUAAACAUAUUGUGUAUGGUUAUCGAUUGGUCAUUGUUUACUUACUUGUAGUUGGUAAAUAAUGAUAGCAUUAUGAUCAGGAAAGAUUAUGAGAAAUAUUGACACUAGUACAAAUGUUAGCAUCGUCUGCUGACCUAUGUAUCAAACCUUUAAAAAAAACAUCAGAAGAGAAUGUUUGCUUAUAACUCCAAAAUAAUGACAUGAUGACAGUGUCUCCGAUAAUAAACACUUUAGAUUAAGUUAAAAAAAAUAUUACAACGAUUGCUAACACCAAUCUUGUUAAUUUAAUAUUACAACGAUUGCUAAAACCAAUCUUGUUAAUUUAAUAUUACAACGAUUGCUAACACCAAUCUUGUUAAUUUAAUAUUACAACGAUUGCUAACACCAAUCUUGUUAAUUUAAUAUUACAACGAUUGCUAACACCAAUCUUGUUAAUUUAAUAUUACAACGAUUGCUAACACCAAUCUUGUUAAUUUAAUAUUACAAUCACAUGGUCUACAUCACUACAAAAUGUAUAACAUGGAAAUAUACAUGUUCUGUUUAAACAGGUAAUCUAAAUGUGUUGCGCUGAAGGCGUGUCCUCCUAGAAGGGUCCGGUUUUGUUGAGUAACAUCCUUCACAUUCGCUGCUACAAGAUGCUACCUGAUGCCGUGAUAUUUUAUGGACUGAUGGCUCUGAUAUGUAUCGUGGGUAAGUCUCUGUGUUCAAUUUCAUUUAGCCAAGGUAUGCAAACCUUUUAUAAGCAAAUACCUUAUUCUCUCCAUCAAUACAGAUGCAUACGGGGAGGACUGUGUUCAAGUUGAAGCAAUGAAAAUCAUACACGGUGUAGAAGAGAACCCGUCUCGUCCAUCUUAAGAUCUAACUCUUCUCUGUAUAAUAUCUUAUCAUAACAGAUACUUGUCUAUAAGUCAAUCCACGCGUUGUUGUCUAAGAGUAUAUUUGUCAAAAAAAUGUUGUGCUCAUCCGAUGGAAAUGGUUAAUUUCAUGUAAUACAUUCGUGAUCACCCAGACAAAAAGAAACAGGAAAUUAUUUCUUCAGAGCUUUUCAAGAACCAAUCGUUAUCGAUGACACCGUAUGUAAAAGUCAACAAGGUUGCAUUGUUAUAACUUUUUUUUUCUUCAAAAUAAUAAAAAUAAAAUUAAAUUUCUUUCUGGCCAAAUAUGCCCGGGACCACAUAAAUAAAUAUAUCGAGAUCAAAUGAAAAUGGAGCAGUGGCAAGCGUCAUAUGAAGUCCAAGUGGACGUGAUCUAGUAUCUUCUAGCUUCACCUUAGAGAAAUCCUUCAAGUCCGAGUUGACGUGAUAGUGUAUCUUCUAGCUUCACAUCAGCAGAGUCCUCCAAGUCCAAGAUGACGUGAUGGAGUAUCUUCUAGCUUCACCUAAGAGAAUCCCUACAUUUCCAAGUUGACAAGAUGGUGUAUGUUUCUAGGUGCAUAUUCUGGAUCUCAGCAAUAUCUGAUAGUGUGGGGUUUCUGCUUUUAAAAACAGUGGCAACGAGACUUUUUUCUUAACAUUGGAGCAAAAAUUAAGAAACUUAUCUGACAUUUUCCUUAAAUUAAAAAAAAAAAAGACAAAAUUAUAGUGAACCUUGAAGAGGUGUAAGGAACAAUUCCAAAAAUAAUUGGAGUUACUUGCAACCUUACCAAAGUACACUUAACUUAAAUAUGUUUCAUAUAAAAAAUAAGUCUUAAUAUAGUUUGUUUUUUUCUCAAUACAUUUAUUUAGGUGUCCACACGGAUGUAGAAGACGCGCAGAUUGUUGAAAACUGCCAGGAGAGAAUUGACGAGUGCAGGAAGAUUGAAAUAACGGAAAACGAGAUUGUGUAAGACAAGCGUAUUUAUUAAUGAACUUUCGCCCAGGUUAUCAGGCAUUAAUCUCAAGAGCUUUAAGUAUUUUGUACUUUAAUAGAUUAGUUGUAAGCAGUGAACGUAGAAGGGUUAAGAAGUUAUCAGGCAGUAAUUUAAAGAAAUUAAAGAACUUUUUUACUAUAAUAGAUUACAGUUGGCAGUGUCAUAGGAAGGUGAAGGUUACAAAGGAAGCACUACCCGUCCCUGGCGGGAAUGUUUUCUUUGUAUACGGUUCUAUAUGUUAGGACAAUUGCAGAGCUUCAGGGGGGAGAGGGUUCUACCCCCAAGCUAACCAAGUGCAUGAUUUUUUUUUUUUUGAUUUUCGCAAUAAAUGUAAUACUAUUGAACGAGUACGUCCUUUGGUUUGUAUGAGAAUAUUUGCCAACCCAACUCAAAACAAAUAAUCAAUGACUUGUUAAAUAAUCAAUGACUUGUUGUUGGGGCUUUUUUCAGAGAAAACGGAAAGGCAGCAGUGAUGUGCUUUAUGGCCUUUGUAUGCAAGCCUGAGGAAGAUGAACUUAGGAUGAAUGCUUUGAUGGCAUUUGGAGGAAAGAUUGCUAGUAAUUACAUGUAUUAGUAUCAAUUGUUCUUUACAAAUUUAACGAGAGCUAAACGAUAGUUAGAAUAUAGAACUUGGACAUUGCGUCCAGCUCUACUAUAAACGUUCACAAACAUUGUCAUUCAUGUAAGCUUCUAACUCAUCAGUCGGUGCUCGUCACCAGGAGAAGGUGCUCGGGUUUCUGGUCUUAUUAAGUAGACAGUGAGACUUUUAUGAUGAUAAUAAUAAUAAUAAUAAAUUUCAUUUCAAAAACACGCUUCAUCCCCAAAGGCUCGAAGCGCGGUACAAAGUCAACAAAAAAACAUAUUUAUAAUUAACCACAUUUAAAACAAACGCAACACUACAAAAACUAAUUACAAGCAUACAAUCUCAAAGUAUUUCUAGCCAUUUCAACCCGGAGCAACACAGCCAUUAUGCAUUAACUGGAAAAUAAGGUAGACAAUCAUCCUAGAAGGUAUUUGCGAAAUAGAUGUGUCUUUAGAUCGGUUUUAAAGAUACCGGGUAAUGCAACGCUGGCAUGGCUCUGCUUGUCUGUACUUUUGAAACACAGUAUAAACCAAGUUAGUGAGGGAAAGAGAGAGAGAGAGAGAGAGAGAGUCCAUAGACGAAUGAAACGGGACAACGCCUGGUUGCUGCCUCAUAACGCGAACUUUUCGUGCGUUAAACUUCACCGACUUAAUUCACAUGAGGGGUAACGUUUAGGCCUGGCUCUUCUUGUUGAACUUCAGACAAUGAUUCUAACACCUUUGGUAUCGGUACACGUUUUUUAUAGCAAGGACUACCUUUCUUUUUGUUUUUUCGCCCGAAUCGAAGCUGAUCUAAAUAUGGUUCGGUUUCUAAAAGUAUUUACAAACUUUAUUUAGCCUGAGUUGUUACUCUUUUUCAUCUUGAAAAAAAUGAACUACAAUGUUCAAAUAACAAUGGUUCCGAUUAAAUCAAUGAAAUAUAAUCCAGGUAUUAAAUUUAAAGCUUAGAUAAAACACAAAAAAUCCUUGUGUCAUUGUGCUUAAAGCUAAAUGACAAAAAAAUAGACAUGAAAUUGAUUUAAAAUAUGUUUCAGAUUCACAAAUGGGCCCGUCUAUUCCUGAAACAUGGAAUAAGGAGGAGUUCGGCCCAUAUCCCGGCGUCACCUACAAGCCCACCAACAUGGCAGUGAUCAUCAGCUUUUCCUACAAAACAUUGGUCGCCAGCGCUGUAACAAUGUUCCUCUUAGCUUAGAUCUGAAAGAACAAGGAACACGGGAAAAAAGCAAUAAUACACUCAAAUGUUAAGCUGUUAUUUCAACUGAUGAGAGAGCAGUAAAAUUGUAUAGACGUCUGAGGAAACAGUAAGAUAACUUUUGGUAGAAUUUCAAGAACGCUAUUGAAUAAUAGCAAAAUAGUUGAAUAAGAACAAAAUUUAAUUUCAUAAUUGUAAAAAUAUAUGUAUUUUCAUUAAAAAACAUUGGAA